AUGGUGUAUAUAGGAAUGUUAUUUAGCUGGUUCGCAUGGCAUGUGAAAGAUCAUGACCUGCAUAGCCUCAACUAUAUGCACACUGGUGAGAGGAAGACCUGGUAUGGAGUGCCUCAGAAUGCAGCAGCCGCGUUUGAGGAUGUGAUCUGUGAUCACGGAUAUAAUGGAGAGAUGAAUCCUCUCUUGAGUUAUGCUACUCUUGGUCAAAAGACUACCGUACUGUCUCCGGAAGUAAUUGUAAAUGCAGGCAUACCAUGUUGCAGUUGGGCAGAGGUUUUGGUUGCAUGUCGGCUGCAUUUGUGUUCCGACACGCCACAUGGCGUAUCGGAUACGUACUCAGCCGUGUCGGUGCCGUGUCCCCGUGUCAGCCGUGUCCGACACGCAUACGGCAGCUUUAUUGCCGUGUCCGUGCUUCCCAGUUUUCUGCUUGUGGGGUUUUAUGUUUGCCUGUGCUGCAAAUCUGCAAUCAUAAAACCUGGUGAAGUGGAUGUGCAUAGUCUGAUUUCGGCUGAUUGUGGCAAUAUUGGAGGUAGUGGUGUUGCUUCUGACAUUGCUUCUAGUAAUAGGUGGUUUUGCUCCCCUGGAUAUGCCAAGAAUGCUGUGCUGGAGUCUUGUUUAGGGACGAUGGAAGCUUCCUGUAGUAGUAGACCACCAAAGGAUAUAUCCUCACUUGCUCUUAUAGCUUUGAAUUAUGAGGAUGCUUCCGACUCCGAAACUGAAGCGAGCGAAGUUCCCCCAGUAUCCGGCCUUGCUAAGGAGUCCUUUCCAUCACAUGUCUUCUAUAUUCAGCAUGCUUUUGAAGUUAAACAGAAACUGGAUGUGCUUGGGGGCAUGCAUAUGUUACUCCUUUGUCAUCCAGAUUAUUCGAAGUUUCUGGCAGAAACAAAACUAGUGGCUGAUGAACUGGGAGCAGAACAAAUUUCGAGCGAUAUUUCCUUCAGGACAGCCACUGAAGAAGACAAGAAGAGAAUCAAAUCAGCUGUAGACAGUGAAGGGUCCAUUGACGGGAAUGUUGACUGGGAUGCAAAAUGCUGGGGGCCAAUCUUUCUUUCAGUGCCAACCCAAGUCAAACAUUAAAGAGAA